AUGGAAGCUUUGGUUUAUGAGAAUUCGCCGCUGGCGGAAUAUCUUAAAGGUGAGAUCUAUCGCAAGGGCUUUUCUAUGCUGAGAUCAUUGAAUAACGCGAUUGUUGGCCACUCAGGGGAAGGUGAAUAUGAUGCAGACUGGCCGGCCCAGGAGACAGACAACACCGAUGAUCCUUUCCAUUCGACACCUUCGGAGUUUGCGCCGCGCGGGACGUCAACAUUUCAAGAGCGUGUUCGAAACAGGCUGCCUAAGCCCCUAGAGCUGAAGUCCUCGCGUCAGGGGGCAGUUCUCGGCAAACUUUACGGUGCUUGUUCAGCCGCAUUGAAUUCGCGCCUUGGACGAAACGACAACGAAAGGUUUCUGGAGCAGUUUGGAUACGUCAUUGUUGCAUCGCAGUUAUUGAACGAACACAGCGCUCCCUCAUACACAUCAGCCGCAGACGUGCUAUCGAACUCUCACCUUGCCGAUCUCCCAUCGCUAUCCACAACUUUCGGUGUGCAAGGAGCCGUCGUUACGGCAUCGACAUCCUUCUCAAUCGCAUGGUUGUUGCACUGGAGUCGGUCUCGGACAGGAUCAGGGUUUAAUCCGCGGAAAGUCGGUGUGCUUCUGGUGCUGGUCCCAGUUCUCGGAGUACUGUUCUACGCGUUUGCCAGGCGACAGUGGCUCAAAUAUCUGCGGCAUCAAGCGGUCGAGGCAGCUGUGGUGUUCAUAAGCAAUGCGCAGGGAUUCGACUCGGCUGCAUCGGCAUCAGUUGUGUUCAUACAGGAAGUUGAGCUGGUCUCACGAGGUUAUCGCAUAAGUACGCCCUUGCCUCCCGUAAGCAGGCUUGAGGAUCAAGCGCAAACACGACGAUGUCUGAGACUGCGUCGUACCGUCUCGGAAUGCUUCUACUCAAUGUUGGCUCGCUACCUACAGGCGCAGCGCACACUGCAACCCCUUACUGACAAUGAUAAUCUUGCAAAAUACCAUGAUAUCUACGACGUCUCACUGGAAGAGCUCGCUGAAGCUGCAACAGCCCUGGCCGACCGGGAGACAGAAGACCAGUAUUCAUUGCGCGCGCUGCGGACUCUUUUCGGAAGACUUUACACUGUCAGAAAAAGUAUCCUUUGUUGUCUGCUCGCCCUGGGUGCUGACGGCGGCGGAUCUGACAUCGCAAGAUGGAGUACCGCCAUCGAGCAGAUGAGAGAUCUCGCUCAGGUAACGGGCGCGAAUGUUCAAAAAAUGACUAAUAUCCUCAAUGAGGAAGAUCGUGACGCUAUUCCUCCGUCGCCUCUACCGACAGCCUCUCCUAAUAAGGAAAACCUUCGUGCUCAGUAUCGAAAGCUCAAUACUCUUACUCAAGGCAUCCGCGCCCUCCAUGCGAAGAUGCACCUCAUUCGGGAGCUGUCGACUUCGAACCCUGAAUCCGCAGAUUCUGGCGAACUCGAAGCGGCGUUACUUUCUCAGUACGAAUCGAUUGGGACUGACAUCAGGGGUCUUUUACAAGAAUGGGAGGCUGGCAAAUCUGCAUUGAUGAACAGCAUUGACAAACGAUCUUCGGUAGACCACCUCUCCCGUCCGCCGAGCGCAUUGAAAAUACCUCUGUCGCCGACACCAAGCCUUGGAGGCGUCACUGCAGUGGAAGGGAGCCCGUCGGAUGCGCUUCGGGCCUUGAAUGGUGAAUUGCGCCCAGAUCCGAGCAUCGUCCAAAGUAUGGAUGAUGAUGAGGAGAUAUUCGAAUCCAUAGCUCUUCCCGCUCGCAACAAGAGAGCCUCUUUAACCAGGGAGGAGCGCAUCGCGCGUGUCAAAGAGGACCGGGCAAAGCAGGCCGCCGCACGGGAUCGUGUGGAUGCAAACACCAGCAUGCUCAAAGAACUCGAGAUGGUCAUUAAACAAAGACCUCGUGUCACAGCUUCCAAGCGGGUCACGAGUAUCUGA